GCCAGCGGGUGCGAGCGGCAGAGCCGAGCGGCGCCGAGCCGGGAUGCGGGAGCCGGGGAUGGGGUAGCCGCGCCGCCCUGCCGAGCUGCCCACCAUGUAGGCGAGCCCCGGGCGCCGCGCACAUCGCUCCCCGCCGCCUGCACCGCGUUCGCACCGGCCCGGGGGACCAUGCGGAGCGCCCCGGUCUCCGGGCUGCUGCCGCUGCUCCUGGGGCUGCGGCUGCUGCUGGGCGGCGGCGCCGCGGCUCAGUACUCCAGCGACCUGUGCAACUGGAAGGGGAGUGGCUUAACCCAUGAGUCUCACAGGAAGGAUGUUGAACAGGUCUACCUCCGCUGUUCUGAAGGGUCCAUAGAGUGGAUGUACCCCACGGGAGCACUCAUAGUCAACCUGCGACCCAACAUCUCACCUGCCUCAUACAAACACUUGACUGUUUGCAUAAAGCCCUUCAAAGACUCUGCAGGAGCAAAUAUUUAUUUGGAAAAAACUGGAGAACUGAAACUCUUGGUCCGAGAUGGAGACCGCAGCCCCAGCAGAGUGUAUUGCUUCGGCUACGACCAGGGGGGUCUGUUUGUGGAGGCCACUCCUCAGCAGGACAUUAGCAGGAAGAUCACAGGCUUCCAGUACGAAUUGAUGAGCAAAGGGAUAGCAGCUGAUUUGCACACAGCUUCUGCUCCCUGCCGACCCUGCAGUGACACUGAGGUCCUCCUGGCUGUCUGCACUAGUGAUUUCGUGAUCAGAGGCUCCAUCCAAAACGUAACGAACGAGGCAGAAGAGCAAGAAUCCAUAAUUCACGUCGGUGUCAGCAAACUGUACAGGCAGAAGAGCAAAGUCUUCCAGCUGACAGGGGAGAGUGGGAACUGGAGAGGACAAAUAAAGACCUUGCUGGAGUGUGGGGUGAAGCCAGGAGAUGGAGACUUCCUUUUCACGGGACGUAUGCACUUUGGGGAGGCCAGGUUAGGCUGCGCCCCUCGUUUCAAAGACUUCCAAAGGAUGUACAAAGAGGCAAAAGACAAAGGGCUAAACCCAUGUGAGAUUGGCCCAGAUUGAAACCCCCUGUUUGGCCGAGGAUGGCUUUUAGCAUUUGGCCAGGAAUGUUUCCUGGUUGCAGUGGAAACUCUGAACAAACGUGGUGACUGAGGCUGGGCAGAGCUGGAGGCUGAGACCCCCCAGCCUGAGGUGCUCACAGGCUCAUGGAAGCAACAGAGGUACGAGCUCAGAGGGCUGCCAAGCAAGAAAGGCUGGAUUUUUAACCAAUCUUCUCCUUAUGAAUUAAGUUAUUAUAUUUUUUUAGUGACUUCCUUAGGAAAACAAACAAAGAAAACUCCCAUGUCUUAAUAAAAGAAAAACCCAAAUGAAAGCCAAGAUGCCUUUGUAUCUUUUUAAUACUAAUUUUUAAAAAUGUCUUAAGCUGAUGUAGCAUUUGGUAUGGCAUAUUCUGUAUAAAUGGCCAAGAAUGUGAUAGAGCACGGUAAAACAUCUUAACAUUGAUGCUUUGUAAAAAGCUUGGUGUACAAUUCAAAGUUGUUUCUUAUGACAGAAAUUUAUGGAGCCAAACUCUUAUGUGUGUGUGUUGUUUUUUUUUUUUUAUUUGAAAGAAUGUACAAUAGCCACCUGCAAUUUUUCGUCCAGGCUGGCAAAUUCUUUCCAUUCCAGAGAAAUAAAGGUCCCUGGAUUUGA